AUGGCUUUAGAAACUCUUCCAUCCAAUGAGUUUUCCAACUUCAUCGUCUACGACACUAUCUCUGCAACUCCAUUUAGCAGCCAUGACUCUUCGGAGGCUAGUUUUUUGGAAAGUUUUGUGAACUAUCAGGAACAUGAUCCCUCAUUUGAUAACUGCGCAAUGAGGACCAGAAAGCGCCAAGCCAGCGAGCCAGAAACCAUUGGCGGGAAGCUGAAUGUGGUGGGGGUGCAAGGUAGGAAGAAGAGGAAAAGAAAGCCAAGGGUUUGCAAAAACAAGGAAGAGGCUGAGACUCAAAGAAUCACUCACAUUACAGUGGAAAGAAACCGCAGGAAGCAGAUGAAUGAGCAUCUUGCUGUACUUCGUUCUCUCAUGCCUGAGUCCUACGUCCAAAGGGGUGACCAAGCCUCUAUAGUGGGUGGUGCCAUAGAGUUUGUGAAGGAGCUAGAGCACCUCCUGCAAACACUGGAAGCAAGAAAGCUGCAACUUCUACAGCAAGAAGUGGCGCAAACAAAUGAAAAUACGGCCAUUUCCAAACUCAUGCAACCCCCUUUUGCACAAUUUUUUUUGUAUCCUCAGUACACAUGGUCCCAGACUCCUAACAAAUACACAUCCAAGGCCAAAGCUGCCAUAGCUGAUAUCGAGGUCACUUUAAUCGAGACCCAUGCAAACCUUCGAAUUCUCACUAGGAAAACCCAUGGGCAGCUAACAAAGUUAGUAGCUGGUAUCCAAACUCUCUACCUCACCGUCCUACAUCUUAACGUCACCACCAUAGACCCUCUGGUAUUCUAUUCCAUCAGUGCUAAGGUUGAAGAAGGAUUCCAACUUGGUUCAGUAGAUGGUAUUGCAACUGCUGUUCAUCAUUUGCUUGCAAGAAUUGAAGAGGAGGCUUUGCUUUGCUGUUGA